GGGGAGAGGGAGGCGGUGAGCGCGGGGAACAGGAGGGGGCUCGACUGGGGGAUUCGAGGGCCGCCGCAGCCCCGCCCCCGCCCCCUCCUCUCCUCCCCUCAGCCGCGGAGUUGCGGGGGAGCAUGGACCAAACCCCGCUGCUCUGGCACCAUGAUGCUCGCGAGCUUGGUGGUAGUUCUGAUUUUAGGGGCGCUCCCCGAAGUGGCCGGUUCUGAGGCGGUCCUCAGUUACCCUCUUCACCGUCGGCAUCGUCAUCCGCCCCCUCCGGCUCCCCAAUACUCCUAUCACCUUCCCAUUCAGCAGCGGCAGCAGAGGACGCCUCCACCGCCCCCUCUCCCGCGCGCCCCGCGUCCGCCGCCGGCGCUCCCUGCCCCGCGCCCGCACGCCCCCCACGCCGGGCACGCGUCCCGGCCGCACCCCGGGGGCUGCCCGGCCCGCGAGCGCUGGGUCAACGUGACGGACUUCGGCGCCCCUUGCCUGCGCUGGGCAGAGGUGCCGCCCUUCCCGGUGCGAUCGCCUCCGGCCGGCUGGGCUCCGCUGCGAGGGCAGCGCCACAACUUUUGCCGGAGCCCAGACGGAGCGGGCAGACCCUGGUGCUUCUAUGGGAACGCCCAGGGCAAGGUGGACUGGGGCUACUGCGACUGUAGACACGGCCCAGUGCUCCCCAUCAUCCGCCUUGUGGGCGGGAGCAAGACCUACGAAGGUCGCGUGGAGCUCUACCAUGCUGACCAGUGGGGCACCGUCUGCGAUGACCAGUGGGAUGAUGCGGAUGCAGAAGUGAUCUGCAGGCAGCUGGGCUUAAGUGGCAUUGCCAAAGCUUGGAACCAGGCACAUUUUGGGGAAGGGUCUGGACCGGUAUUGCUGGAUGAAGUUCGCUGUACUGGAAAUGAACUUUCUAUUGAGCAAUGCCCAAAGAGCUCCUGGGGAGAGCAUAACUGUGGCCAUAAAGAAGAUGCUGGAGUGUCUUGUACCCCUCUAACAGAUGGGCUCAUCAGACUUGUAGGUGGUAAAGGCAGCCAUGAGGGGCGCCUGGAGGUGUACUACAGGGGACAGUGGGGGACGGUCUGUGAUGACGGCUGGAAUGAGCUGAAUACAUAUGUGGUUUGCCGACAGCUGGGAUUCAAAUAUGGCAAACAAGCCUCUGCAAACCACUUUGAAGAAAGCACAGGGCCCAUAUGGCUGGAUGAUGUCAGGUGCUUAGGAAAAGAAGCCAGCUUCCUCCAGUGUUCCCGGAGACCGUGGGGAAAGCAUGACUGCAGCCAUCGUGAAGAUGUGGGGAUUGCCUGCUUCCCUGGCAUUGAGGGACACAGACUCUCUCAAGGUUUUCCUAUCAGACUGAUGGAUGGAGAAAAUAAGAAAGAAGGACGAGUGGAGGUUUUUAUCCAUGGCCAAUGGGGAACAAUUUGUGAUGAUGGGUGGACUGAUAAAGAUGCAGCUGUAAUCUGCCGACAGCUUGGCUACAAGGGUCCUGCCAGAGCAAGAACCAUGGCUUAUUUUGGGGAAGGAAAAGGACCGAUCCAUGUAGAUAAUGUGAAAUGCACAGGAAGUGAGAGGUCCCUGGCUGACUGUAUCAAACAAGAUAUUGGAAAACACAACUGCCGUCACAGUGAAGAUGCAGGAGUUAUUUGUGACUAUGUGAGCAAGAAAGCAUCAGGUAACAGUAAUAAAGAGUCCCUCUCCUCGGUUUGUGGUUUGCGAUUACUGCACCGGCGGCAGAAGCGGAUCAUUGGUGGGAAAAAUUCCUUAAGGGGUGGCUGGCCUUGGCAGGUGUCCCUCCGAUUGAAGUCCUCCCAUGGGGAUGGCCGGCUCCUUUGUGGGGCCACGCUUCUGAGCAGCUGCUGGGUCCUCACGGCAGCACAUUGCUUCAAGAGGUACGGUAACAGCACUAAAAACUACGCUGUUCGAGUUGGGGAUUAUCAUACUCAGGUGCCAGAGGAGUAUGAGGAAGAAAUUGGAGUUCAGCAGGUUGUGAUUCACCGGGAGUACAGACCAGACAGCAGUGACUACGACAUCGCCCUGGUGAGACUGCAGGGACCGGAGCAGCAAUGUGCCAGGUUCAGCAGCCAUGUCCUGCCUGCCUGUUUGCCACUCUGGAGGGAGAGGCCUCAGAAAACAGCCUCCAAUUGUUACAUCACAGGUUGGGGAGACACAGGACGCGCCUAUUCAAGAACUCUUCAGCAAGCUGCCAUUCCCUUACUUCCUAAGAGGUUUUGUGAAGAACGUUACAAAGGCCGGUUUACAGGGAGGAUGCUGUGUGCUGGAAAUGUCCAGGACCACAGACGCGUGGACAGCUGCCAGGGAGACAGCGGAGGACCACUCAUGUGUGAAAGGCCAGGCCAGAACUGGGUUGUGUAUGGAGUGACCUCCUGGGGAUACGGCUGUGGAGUGAAGGAUUCACCAGGUGUUUAUACAAAAGUCUCAGCCUUUGUACCUUGGAUAAAAAGUGUGACCCAACUCUGAUUGUUCCUGAAAACCUAUAUAAACAGACAUCUGUUGGAAAAAUUUCAAGCUUUACUCACUCAACAAAUGGGGACUCACUUUCAUAUUUGUUUUAAUUAUGUUCCCCCUUCCCUUUGCUGCUUUUAUAAUUUGAUGGGAACAUUUCUGGCUACAGAUACCUCAGUUUAAUCCUGAUUACCUUUAAUUAGCAUUGUUCCCUACCCAAAAUAGUUUUACUGGUGAUUACAUUUCUUUCCUCAUUUAAGUUACAUUUAUCUUUUUUGCCUGUUUUUCUGAGCAUUAUUGAAUAUUGAUUGACCAAUAAGGCCACUUUUACAUUUAGAUUGAGAAUAUCUUGUAAUUGAAUUGGUACAUGGUCUCACAUUGAAGAGUUCCAAUUUGAGAUUUAAAAAAUGUACCCUUAUUACACUCCAGUAGUGGGAGUUCAAAAGUUUUUGUGUAAACCUUGUCAAGUAAGGAAAAUCAAAGGCCAAAAAGGUAAAGCAAUGUUCAUGAUAAAUCUCAGAACAGAUGAAGUCACUAACUGUCCAAUCACAAUCAUUCUUGUGUAAAGUCAUCACACCAAGCUCUAUGGCUACUAUGACUUGUUCUUGCUUUUAACCUUUCCCUUAGCACCAUGCUCCCAGUCUUCCAGACUAUGACGUGAGUGCCACCUACUGCAACUUCGUAGUAAAUGGUCAAAACUGCAAAUCCCAAGACUACCUAUGAGGUAGAACCAGACAGGGGUGUAAUUAAAAAGGCUUUCCCUGCCCCACUAGGGGAAAGCUCCACAUUAGUUUCAACCACUUCACUGUGCUAAGUGCUGCCUAGGUGACUGCACCUGAAUGUACAGACUGAAAACUUUAGGUUUCUAGUUUUUUAAACGAGGAAACAUUUGGAGGCCAAGGGACAGCUGACUUUGAAAGGUAACUCCAGGAACAAGCUCCAGUGCUGACAAUGGUUACCACCCACGUGCCCCUGAAAUUUGUUUACCAAAGGGUAAGGAAUACUGCUUAUCAUGCAGCCUAACCACCAUCUUUGGCAGCAGCACAAAAUCUCUGCCAAAGCAUGAUGGACAUCCAUCCCUCAGGACACCGAAGUAAUUUUAGAAAUUAAUUGCCACUGAAUCACUGCAAGAAACCCCGGAACGCUUGUUAUGCACAGGGAUAGAGGCAUUGAAAAGUUAAUGUUAACUUUAGCAUUAAGUGGCUAAAAAAUAGCCCCCCACCAAAUCGCUCAGUUAACAGUGGACUUUACCUGUUUACCUUCUGCAUCAAAUUAUGUCUUUUGUAAAUCUACAGCUUUUUGUUAAAAAAAAAAAAAAGGUGCUCACCUAAUGGUGCUUUAUAGUUAUAACUUUGUAGAAAUGUAAUGCUAUUUUAGGUAGGAUUGCACUAAAACUUCUAAAAGCUCAAGAUUUUGAUAGGAGGAAAAUGUUUAAGCCUCAUAUAAUAUAGAGAUGAUUGAGCUGCACUCAGUAUAGUUUGCACAAGGGCUUGGGAAAAAUGUGCAAUACAGGAGAAAAUCUGCACUGAAACCUCACAGGCUGCCCUUGCAACUAGUGCUGGAGUAAACAAAAAUUUUAACUGAGGUAGUUUCACAAGUUAGAAUACCCUGUAACAUAUGCUUUUACUAUAGCCAAUUUCUUGUUAACUGUGACUUUUAUUGUUUGUUGCACAACUGUAUAAAUAAAGCACAUAGCUUUUC